CGAGUGGUGGUACGCCUUCCCCUUACACAACUGGUUAUUCUAUGAGAUAGAACGUCCUCUCUCCUCGGCACAGUUGCUCCUGCUCUCUUCACUCUAGUGCCUGAGUUCACACAGUGAGCAGCGGAGAAAGCGCAACAAUGGGAAAACAUAAUUUUGGACAUCUUGCUGCAAUAGUGGUUUCUGUCAUCGGCUAUGGGAUAAGCCUGGCGUUUAACGCACUGUCAGUAGUUGGAAUUUAUCCUUAUUAUACCACCACAGCCAAUGUGUCUGCGGUGUUUGACACCCAGCUCACACCUUCAGGAUGGACCUUCAACAUCUGGAGUGUCAUCUACGUCUGGCUCACAGCCAUGAUCAUCUACAUCGUCGCGGGUCUUUGCAGAAGGAAUGGUUAUGGCUACGUUUACUGCAGUCCUGCAGUGUUGCCUUAUGGAUUCUUCAUCAGCUGGUGCUUCAAUCUGUGUUUCAAUAUUGGCUGGCUGGUUGUUUGGGACAGAGGAAUAAUGAUAGCUGCACUGGCCUUUCUCAUCCUGGUCAUCCUGUCGAACUACUCCAUGAUAUGCUUCAUCUGCCAUGGGCUUCACGUUUAUGGACCCUGGCUCAAGAAAUAUCACAAAGCAGACCUGUGGCUCUUCCGUGUGUUGGUUCAAAAUGGUGUGAUGGUUUACACGACAUGGACAACCAUUGCAACUCUGAUCAACCUGACCAUUGUACUGACUUAUGAAGUAAAGAUGUCCCCAACAGAUGCUGCGACCAUCUCAUACUCUCUUUUGAGUGCCUUGUUGCUGGUGUGGUUUGUGUUGGAAAACUUGGUCCUUGACAGACAUAUGCGGUACGUCCUCAUCACCUACCCCGUUGUGAUCUGGGCUCUGUCUGGAAACCUGGAUAAAAACUAUAACGCUGCGACACCCGGUCUCAUUGGCAUCUUUAUCGCUGUGCUACUGGCCAUGGCCUCCGCGCUGUUUGCUGUGAGGAUUGUUUUGGUGGUUUGGAGACACUUCAAACAGCCGCUCUACGAAGAUGUUAGUCCGGAACUAAUGGAGCCGAUGGAGAUUGCUGAGAAGCAGAAGAAGAUAUUUUGCUAAACAUCUUUCAUAAUAUUUUCAUGAUACAACACGCUGAUACUUCACGUCGUAUGUCUGCAGUUAAAUAGCAUUACAUUGUUAAUAAUCACAAGGUCAAAUGUUUAACUUUUGUACAUUUUGAUGCAUUUUUAUUAAUCAAAUUGUCAUGGAAGUUUUGAAAUGUACUUAUUUGCAUUGUUUUCAUGGGCAAUAUUCUUUUCAACUUUGGCUGACUGCCCCCUGAAACUUUUAUGGCUCUUUUCUAACAUACUGAUUGCUCAAACAAGCCAUUUAGCUCUGAUAAGGAGAGACACUACACACAGGCACAACACUGUAACACUGAGCCAAAAGUCUGAGCCUCAUGGACGUUAUCACAUAUUAUUAGAAUUCGCAGUUUUUUUCAGUUGUUUUGGUGGAAAAGAUAAGGGUUGAUGGUGUAACGCAAUAAAAUAAUUGGUGGCUGAGGA